GCUGCAACCAGACCCCACCGACCUCCUCCCCGGGCAGGGGGCAGGGAGCCGGGUCGGGCCGGCAUGGCCCCGCUGCUGCUGCUGCUGCUUGUCGCCACGAGCCGAGCGGCGCUCGCAGUGUCAUUUUAUGGUGACAGCUUUGUGGAAUUGAAAAUAGCAGAAUCAUCCUUCCUUACAUCCCUGCAGUUAAGAUUUCGAACCAGCAAGCCACAUGGAUUGCUUUUUCUUGCAGCUGGAAAAAAGGAUUAUUGUUUAGUGGAGUUACACUCAGGACAUGUACAGUUAAGAAUUAACUUGGGAGCAGGGGAACAAGUGCUGCAUUCUCAAAGCGGCUUCCAACUGAAUGAUUUAUUUUGGCACCUGGUGGAACUACAUCAUAAAAAAGAUAAUAUUAUUCUCAUAAUAGAUCAACACUAUAGAAGCAAUGCAAAAAUGGCUGAAACUCUCUAUGAACUCAAUGAUGAACAUAAAAUCUACAUUGGCGGUAGUGGUAGCCUUGAUGUUCCUUACCUUGACAGUGCAAUGACCAAUUUCAGAGGAUGCAUUGAUGGUGUAUUAUUUAAUCAGAAGGAGAUCCUAACAUCUCUGAGACCUUACAAUAGUUUAAAAAAUGUUCACGAAGUUUCAUUGGGUUGCAGUGAUGAAUUCUUUGCAGGCGAAGAAGAGCCUAUCAGUUUCUUCAGUUCCAAAUCCUAUGUUUCUUUCCCACUAUGGGACAUCCAGCAAGAAGGUGUUUUCGAGUAUGCACUGCAGACCUCAGCUCAGCGAGGCUUACUGCUUUAUAAUUCUGGGCAAAAAGGAGAUUUCAUCGCCAUGGAAAUUGAGGAUGGACUAAUUAAGGCCUAUAUUGGAAAGAAUAAAAGUAGAACACAGCUUUAUUCUCUGAAGUCAAUCAGUGAAAACAAGUGGCACUUCAUUGAACUGAAAUUUACUGCAGAAUAUUUGCAGCUGACAAUAGAUGAAGAGACUGUGAAGACAUCACUGGCUUCACAUAGCAAGCUACCCCUUCUGAAAGGGCCUCUUUUUAUAGGUGGUAUAGAUGACAGCACACGGGCAGAAGUUAUGAAGUUAGAGCUAACUUCAGUUUCUGGGAAGUAUGCCAGAGGAGGAUCUUUCCAAGGUUGCUUAAGAGACCUGAAAUCCAAUUCAGAAAGGAAAUCAUUAAAGAAUGUUCUGGUUACAAAGGACAUUUCAGCUGGUUGUAGAGUAGAGAGUGCUUUUAAUAUCAGUCCUUCUGCAACCCCUACAAAAACUCUUAUUGCAACAGCAAUCCCAACUUCAGACAUUUUUUCCAACCAAUUUUCCUCUGGAUCUCAAGGCAAAGAGGAUAAUAGUAAUUUCUUGGUUCUAAAUAACUUGAUCGUUCCAGAAGGUGGGCAAGCAUCACUUGAAUCUAAACAUAUUAAAGUAAAUUUAGAGUUUCAUAAAUUAGGGAUUCGUCAGUCACAAAUCCUUUUUAAAAUAAAGGAAUAUCCCUCUCAUGGUGACUUGAGAUUAAAUAUUGAACAGGGGCAGGAGGAGAAUACAUUUACCAUGUUAGACCUGUGGCAAGGAAGAGUACUUUAUGUCCAUGAUGGCUCUGAGAACACGUAUGAUUAUUUUACUUUUUCCAUUUCUAGCAGGAGUAAAAAAGAUAUGCCUUCCUAUCUGAAAGGAAUUGAGCAGCAUGUGUUUAACAUUACUAUAAGUCCAACAAAUGAUGCUCCUGAACUUGCACUCCCCCAGGGAAAUGUAUUUCUUCUGUUAGAGAACUCAAAGAAAUGCUUGACUGCUGACCUAAUAAAAGUUUCAGAUAGAGAUACAGACUCUGUGGUUCUCAGUCUUUCAGUACUUGGAAAUCUGAAUGGAGAUGCAGGAUUUUUAGAAAAUUCCAAGCAUCCUGGAAAAGCUGUUACUGUUUUUUCUAAUGAGGACUUAAAAGAAGGCAACAUUUUCUUUGUCCACACUGGUGUCAAAAACUCAAGGAUUGUUCUGAGAGCAAGUGAUGGAGAAAAAGUGAGCAAUACAGUUGUGUUGCGUGUCAUGGCUGUUCCUUUGGAUUAUAAAAUCGCCAGCAACUCGGGAAUAAAAGUGCUACAAGGUGAAGCAGGUUUGAUCAUGCUCAGUCAUUUGGCAGUGGAAACAAAUGCUGACAGCCAAGAGAUGGAGAUAAGAUAUGAGGUCACAGAAUCACCCCGAUUUGGUGAAAUUCAAAGGCAACGUUCUAAUGGGGAGUGGAAGCAAGUAAGCUCUUUUUCUCAACGCUCUAUUGAGCGUGACCGAGUGAGAUACUGCAGUACUUUCAAAGAAAUGCAGCUGGAAAAUGUUACAGAUCAAUUUAAAUUUAUGGUGAGCGUUGGAGACAAAAUCAGUGAGGAGCUCGUGUUUCCAAUUACAGUGAAGUGGUUGAGGUAUAAUUUACUGAAACAUACACCUCUAGAAAUUGAGAAAACAAAAAAGAAAUGCUUGAAUUCAGAUAAUCUUUUUGCUGUCCUCAUGGAUAUAGAAAUGCCUGAAAAAGAACUACAUUAUAAGUUGUUGUCCCUGCCUAAAAAAGGACAAAUGCUGCUUAACAACCAACCCUUGAAAAAAAGUUCAACCUUUAGCCAAAAAAAUAUUACUGAUUGUAAGGUAGAAUAUGAAUUAAUCAGUAGACCUCAUGAAGACACUGAGGAUUCAUUUAAAUUUUUAAUUCAUACAAAAUAUUUGCAAUCCAAUAUCUAUGAUUUCAAAAUCAACAUCAAAGCAGAUCUCAGAAGCAUUAUUUUGACCAAUAAUGGCUUGACUGUAACAGAAGGUGAAGGAGAACUAAUAACAAAAACGCAACUGCUUGUGCAAAUGCUAGAUAAUAAGGUCUUCCAAUAUAAGGUUACAAAAAGUCCUCAGCAUGGAAAAUUAAAACUCAUUAAUUUGUCAGAUUCUUUAGAGAGUAAUGAUAAUAUCACCAUUUUCACUAAUCAUGAUAUAAUUAAUGAGCGCCUUAUCUAUGUCCACGAUGACUCUGAGACCAUGUUUGAUGAAUUUCUUGCUGUCGCUUCCAUCAAAGAAUCAGGAACAAGUGUGAACUCGGAUUCAGAUACAGAACACUUAUCAGUAGAGAUUAGAUUUAAUAUCUCUGUUGCACUGAAGAAUGAUGAGAAACCAGUACGUGUAGUUGAUAAAGUAUUUCAUGUAGUUAAUAAUGGGCAGAGGUUAUUGACCUUAGCAGAUCUCUGCUACCAUGAUCCUGAUUCUGAUUUUGAUGAUGGUCAGUUGCUGUACACGAGGCGUGGGAUUCCUAAUGGUGACUUGGUUCUAGUGAAUGAUACCACCUAUAGACUGUAUCAAUUCAAGCAAGAAGACUUGGAGCAAAAGCAGGUCCUAUUUAGGCACAGGGGUGCAAGUUAUGGACGCUUUGUGUUAUUUGUAACUGAUGGCAAACACUAUACAUCUUCACUUCUAGAAGUUAGCGCUUCUGAUCCCUAUCUUAGACUAGCAAAUAAUACAGGCUUGUUGGUCCAGAAAGGAAAAGAAAAAACUAUUACAAUAGCUAACCUUAGUGUUAUCACAAACCAAGACAUUAGAAGUGAUCAAGAGAUUACAUACAAGAUAUUCUCACCUCCAAAGUAUGGAAGGAUCUAUGUAAAUAACCUAGCAAUGGAUUCCUUUACCCAGCUUGAUCUGAAAAGGGGAUGUGUGAUUUACAGGCAUGAUGACAGUAACAACCUUGUUGACACAUUUAACAUUACAGUAUAUGCUAAUGCUAUCCAUUUGGAUGUUGGACUACAUGUCCAUGUGUACCUGCAAAGUCAUCAGCAUGCACCAAGGAUCGUACACAAUAACAACCUCCUAGUUGAAGAAGGAAAACCAGUUAAAAUCAGUAAGGGAAAACUGCAAGUUGUUCAUGAAAAUAGUUCUCCUUCUGAAAUAGUGUUCAUGGUAAGGACCCCUCCAAUGUAUGGAUACAUUUGGAAGUUUGCAUCAGGAGAAGGUUACAUUGGUGCAGAACAAAAGCCAGUUUUGAUCUUUACCCAGAGAGAUAUCGAUGAUGGCAACAUUCAGUAUGUACAGACAGCUUCGGAUGAACUACGAGACCAUUUUUCAUUGGAUGUCACCAAUAGCAUCCAAGCGAUCAGUGGAAUAGACAUCUUUGUAGACAUCAUACCCAAACUGAUUCCAUUAGAAGUGCAGAACUUUACAGUAAUAGAAGGUGGUUCUAAAGCUGUGAUGGAAGACUAUAUAAAAAUUUCUAAUCAACAUUUCACAGGACUCAAUUGUGAAUUUCUUAUAAUUGAACCACCAAAGCAUGGGUAUGUUGAGAACUCUCACUUUCCUGGAAUAAAGUUAACUAAAUUUAACAGAAAACAGGUGGAACAAGAAUUGAUCUUUUAUGUUCAUGAUGGUAGUGAGAACCUGAUUGACAAUUUUACUCUCAUAGCAAAUAACACAGAACCGUGGAAACAGAGCUUGCCCCAAACUAUAUUUGUGACUGUUACACCAGUAAAUGAUGAGGGUCCCGUUAUAAGUAAGAACAAAAUACUUAGGGUUUGGGUGGCAUCAGUCACUGAAAUAACUGUUGAUGAUCUGUGUGCAGAAGAUAAAGAUUCCUUACCCUCAGAGCUUGUGUACUCCGUUACACCACCCAGCAAUGGACACCUGGCUCUCAAAUCUUCUCCAAACAAAAGCAUCCUUAACUUUACCCAAGCUCACAUAACUGAAGGACAGCUGGUGUUUGUACACAAUGGACCAAUGUCUGGAGGCUUCAACUUCCAGGUGACAGAUGGUUUGAACUUUGCACCUCGACAGAUUUUUAGCAUCACAGCUCAGACUCUACUUAUCAGCCUAGAAAUAAACAAAGGACUUCGAAUCUUUCCAGGUUCUAAGAAACCUAUUUCAGCUCAUGAUCUAAAAGCUGUAACCAAUGAUGUGGCUAACACAGGAAACAGAACUAUAACUUUCACAGUUGUACAUUCCCCAAAACUUGGAAGACUGAUCAAAACAGAUUCCAGCAACACCACCCAGGAUAUUUUCAGUUUUACCCAAUCCAUGGUGGAUGAAGGUCUGGUCGUUUAUGAGCAUACGCAGAUUGAGGCACUGGGCUGGAAUGGAGAAGAUUCUUUUACUUUUACAGUUUCUUCCCCACCCGCAACUCUAGAUCUCCAGGUGUUUCACAUUGCCAUUUCAUAUGACAUUAAUAGACAUGAUCACAAUAGUCAUCUGCUUGCAAAUACAGGUGCUGUUGUCCAGGAAGGAGGAAAAGUCAUAAUCAACAAAAUGAACUUAGAUGCUUCAAAUCUGUUGGUUAAGUUACCUGAGAUGGAACGUUCCAUGUAUGAAGUCUGGUAUCAAGUCAUAUCUUUACCACAGCAUGGCAUUGUUGUUGUUGGUGAAAGAAAUAUUACCAAAGAAAAACCUAACUUUUCCCAAUACAUACUUAACAAAUUUGGAAUCACAUAUGUACAUGAUAAUUCUGAGUCAUUCACUGACCAUUUCACUUUUGCUGUUUGGUUAAACCUGAAGAGCAAGACUGCAACAAAGCCUGAUACUGACAUUUUGGAAGAGAUGUUUAAUAUCACUGUGGUUCCAGUGAAUGACCAAGCUCCAGAGCUGAAGACAAAAAGGCUGCAUUUGAAAUUCUUGCAAGGAGAUACAUUUGUGCUAGGGCCAGAAAAUCUGAAAGUUGAAGAUUUAGACAACACUCCAGGGGAAAUCAAAUACACCAUCAUUAGCAAUCCCAGUAAUGGCUUUUUAGCAAUGACGGACAAUCUCACUGUACCUGUACAGGAUUUCACACAAGCUGAUAUUGAUAGUGGCAGAGUUUGGUUUGUACAUGAUGGAAGUUCAUCAUCUGGGGUCUUUUACUUUAGUGUGACUGAUGGCAAACAUCGUCCAUUAUACAAACUUUUUAAUCUUGAAGUUACACCAGUUUCCCUCGUCAUAGUCAACCUUACGGAUGUAGUACUUCCACAGGGCCAGACCUCAGUCACGAUUACGUAUGUACAGCUAUCAGCUACAACAAAUGGGAAAAACACCAACAUUAGUUAUGAAGUAACAGAGCCUCUCAACUAUGGACAUCUGAUGAUUGGAAGUAAGCAGGUUACUAAGUUUGAACAGGCAGACCUGCACACAGGGAGACUGUCUUAUCACAUGACAAAUCUCAGUGCAUCCCAGGAUAGGUUGGAGUUCAUGCUGUUCACUUCAGAAAGCAAUCUAACAGGACAGGUUCUGAAAAUCACAUGCAGGCCUUUGGUGCAGGUUGCAUCUGACCUAAAAAUUCCAAAUAGGGUAGCUUAUAAAUUAGGGAUCAGUGAUCUGGAUGCUACUGAAUUAGCUAGCAGGACGGAUAGCAGCCCCAAAUUUGAAGUGGUAGAGCCCCCAGCUCAUGGCAGAAUUGUGAGAAGACAGUCAAUAAGUGGUGCUAAAUUUGAAGAAAUUAAUACAUUUACACAGGAUGACAUUGACAGAGGUCUAGUGCUGCUUGAUAUAGAUGCAAAUAUGACAAGCACUGAUGUUUUAAAUGACUCAUUUGUAUUUAUUCUCCAGGCAGAUAACGUGCAGCCAGCUGUAGGCUGUUUACAGUAUUCCAUUGUGCCAUAUGAUCCUUUACUUGUGCAGGGUUUUACUACUGAGGUGCCUUUCUCAACCAGAAUAAAUACUUUACAGAGUCAUACUACCUUGAAGAGUGAACCACCAGUUUCCUCACAGAAUGAGCGACAUACAGAAGGAUCAAGACAGAUUGUCCAUACCAGGUGGCAACAUCAACAUCGCUGGGGCAGUCAACAUGAUGAGGAUCCAAGGCUUAAUCUAGAAGCAGCAGUGAACAAAUCCACAUGGACUGAGACUAUGAUCAAAGCAAAUGGCCGAAGUCCCAGAGUGCAGCUGAGUGACAGCAGCAACCCUUUGUCCAUCAUUAUCCCUCUUGUGUCAGUGUCUCUUUUACUUAUCAUUUUUGUGAUUUCUGUGUGUAUUCUGCUACUGUGUCAUAAGAAAGAAAAAGCAAAACCCCUCAUCAAAAAUCAAACUCUCGUAGUCCCCAGUAGUCCAGGUCCUUGUCCAGAACGGAGCUUGACUGUGCCCACAGUCACAGUGACUCCUCUGCUUAAUGGGGCUGAAAACCCCACAGCCUCCCCCUUCACAGCAGUCCGAUGUGAACGGUUGCUUCCCACACUGGUUGUUCCAACUGAUAAAAGAUCUUUGCAAAACAACUGGUUAAACCUUGAUCCUGAGAUGGUGCAGCACUGUCGAAAAACAAACCCAACUUUGAAACGCAAUCAGUAUUGGGUAUAGAGCAUGGCUAGCUUGAAUUCUAGACAAGGCAGACAAGUUUAUUUGGGUGAAUAUGAUGAUAUCUUUUAUUAGACCAGCUUAAAUAGUUAGAAAAAAAUGUAUAGCAAGCUUUUGGGUUUAAAAACCUUUCAUCAGGCUGAGAAAGUCUCUGCAGUUGGUGUGUGGUCUUCCUGGAUGGAAUGAAUAGUAAAGAAGCCAGAGACUGGGCUGGUAUGCAUGUGAGAUAGGCAGUCAGUGAAGAUGUCAAUUGAGGAGUCACUGGGUGAGAGACAGGCUGGGGUGGUGGGGGGAGAAAGGGGAUGAAUGUAGCAAUUAAAUAGUGGAGAGGUACCUGGGGAGUCAGAUGUCAGGUAGGUUAUAAUGUGUCAUAAAUCCAACAUCUAUAGUCCCUGAUUUUUUGUGUCCAGGAGGUUGAUGAAGUGGAGUUCAUAAGCUCAUCUCUGAGAAGUGUGUUGUAAGUUUCCUUUGAGGUUUAGAACUGAGAGAUUGGAGAGGGAGUGGUUUUCUUGUGAGAAAUGUGCCCCCACCAGUAAUUUGGGUAUUCCUGUCUUUGAUAGAUUUUCAGUGUGCGUUCAUUCUGGUGCGCAGUUGUUUGUCAUAGGCGAGUCCCCGAAAUAGUUAAGUGCUCCUGUCACAAUAGAUUGAGAGAGCAACAAAACCCCGCCUGAGCAACUGACUUUGCCACCUAAUAUGGGCAUGCCCCAUGUAACCUGUCAGGCGCCUUAGUUGGCGGUUCCUCUUUGAUCUGCCCUCUGUGGAAAAUUCCAUUACAUGUGCCACUGUGGAAAAUUCUGCUAUGUCAGUGUCUAGCAGCUAAAUGCUACAUCUCAGUGGAAAGUUACUGUACAGAAAAAAAAGUUCCCGCCAACCCUGUGUAAACAGGUGCACCACCAUUGGCCAGUUGUAAAUUAUUCUUCCUUAGCGGUUAGCUAUUGGCUCGCUAGCCAUAUAAAAGGUUAAUGCAGUUUCCGCCCAAGUUGGAGACCUCAGAGAACACCUCAGAGGCAAGUUGAUGGCCUGAUCACCCUCCAAUGUCUCCCCGUUGUCGACCUUCCAGACGUACCCCGUUCCCGUUGCAUGCUCACUGCGUUCACAAAUUGUCGACUCGUUGUGUUGUGUUACCUGUUGCCUGUUAUCUGUUACGUUACUCGUUACCUGUUGUCUGUAACCAAGUAAUCGUUCACCACCUGCGACAGUGUCAUCUGAGGCGUAAGUAAAAUCUUGUUGCAACCAAUACUCUGUCGCAGCCUCUCCAUCCACUCGCCUGCCUGACGAUCCUAUUUCACUUACCAACACCGCUUUCUGGACUGGCUCCCAGAACAUUGUUGUUUGGUCUCUCCUAUGUAUUUUCCAUCGGGGAAUUUGGUGCACUGGAUGAGAUGUAUUACAUUUGUGGAGGUGCAGCUGCAAGAUCCAGGAAUGCUGAUGGCUCUGUUGUGGGGUGUAGUAAUUGUGGGGGGCGGUGGAGAUGUGUUGGCAGGUUUUGCAUUUCUUGUCAUGGGAUGGUGUGGAUCCAUUUGGUGUGUUCUGGGUCUGAGAAAGUUUGCUUCUGGUGAUGAGGUUAGUGAGGUUUGGUGCUUGUUUGAAGGCUAGGAUCUGCCCCCCCCAGCCUGUUUCUCACCCACUGACUCCUCAAUUUUACAUCUUCACUGACUGCCUCUCUCACAUGCAUACCAGCACAGCCUCUGGCUUCUUUACUAUUCAUUCCAUCCGGGAAGUGCACACACCAACUGCAGAGACUUCCUCAGCCUGACAAAGGGCUUUUAAACCUGAAAAAUUGCUAUAAUAUUUUUUUCCAACUAUUUAAGUUGGUCUGACAAAAGAUACCAUAGUCACACAAAGAACCUUGUCUGCCUAUGUCCUGAGACCAACAUUACUACAACCUAUACUCCUAGUAUAUAAUGUUGACACUUGAUCAUUUGUUAUUCUUAUUUAUUUUGGGUCACAUUUGGUACUCUUAGUGAAGUAAAGGUGUGAUCUAAAACAAAAUGAAUGAAAUGGGUUAAUUCUUGUUACUUUCAGUAGUUUUGGUUCAAACCCUUAGUUGUUACUUAAACUCUUGUUACAUAAAUUGUCCACUGAUUUCAGUGCAAUAUUUGACCCCGUGUACUUUAACUCAGUAUUUGCAUUAUAUUAUAUUGACCUUGGAAGGGAUAAGGUAGUGCAUGCACUCAUAGACGUGUGUAUGUGUGUGUUCAUAACACACACACACACACACACACACACACACACACACACACACAUUUAGUUAUUUGCUGUAUAUUUUAAUAUACUAAAACUUCAAAAAUCAAACAGUAUGAUUUGUAACCUGUCUCCUGUCUUUAACCAACUUUCUUUACAGGAAAUGCAACUGUUUUCAUAAAUAAUUGCCAAGGUGCUAAUGUCAAUAACAUCAGUUUGACCUGAAUGCUUUUCAAAGGCCAAUGCUAAGUAACAAAGCUGUGAUUAUUGUGACAGGUAUUCAUUCAGGUCACUGAGCUGGAAAUCUAGGAGCCUUCAUAGCAAGGAUGCUACAGCUCUAAUAAUAGAUGCAUGAUUCUGGUAACACUUGUUACAGUGAGCUUAUAUUUGUUCUUUUCCUCAUUUAUUAUUAAACUCCAGCCUUUAAUGUCUGCUGAAUGGCGUAAUGCAUGCUUGACCUCUAAUCCACAUGGCAAAAGCUGUGUAUCAGCCAGCCAGCCUGUCUGCAGCAUUAUCUUUAGGCUUUAGGUUUUGUCUGGAGAAACAUAUCACAUUUCCUACUGCUGAGUAAGGGCUGAAUUCUGCCCUCAGUAAAGUGAAUAGAACUCUCUUUGAAGCCAGGGGCUUCAGCAGAGGUGGCAGAAGAAUGUAGUUCUCUACUGUACAACAUUUGUUGUUAAACUACUGACGCAACUAAUCUGGUCUGAAUGGCUGGAAGUAACUAUACUGUGGAAAACGUUCACAAUUUAGUGUUGUUCAAGAAUGCUGAUCAUUUGUGCCUUAAAAGAUUUAUCUAUAAAAUAUACUACAUAAUCCAGUUCAGCUCUGUUGAUAAAAUGUGCAAUGAUUUCCCUUUAAGGGGGAAUAUUUCUGUUUGAUUUAACAAUCCUUGCUAAAUAAUAAUUCUCAGGUCCCAUCUUGUUUCCCCUGAAGGCAGUUGCAAACCUCACAUUGACUUCAGAGGGAGUAGAAUCCUUCCAGUCCAUUUUCUAAAUCAGAUUUGGAAGGACUAUUUUUGCUUCUCAUUGUAUCUGAUACCAGUUUUUCUGUAAGGAUGACAAGUUUGGUGUUGAUACACCACAAUGCUUUUUUUUAUUUCAUACCAAAAUUUUAUUGUUGUUUGACAACCAAGUACUACCACUUUCAUUCUAACAGCCAGGAGAGUAGUAGUAUAAACAUUUGUAUUGCUAUUUGUUUCACAGCAUCUUAUUCCAUUUGAUACUCCUGAUCGACUUCUUGCUGUUAGCCAUAUUUCCCCAUUUCUUUCUUUCUUUAUUUAAUUUAGAUGAAAUUCACUCCAGUGGAAAGAUCCAGGCUAAAGACUAGCUUCCCUCUUUGCCCUGGGGCCCAAUUUGUGGUUCUUUCAUUUCAGGAUUGCUGGAGAGGAGAAAGAUGGAGGAAACCUUUCUAAUCCCUGACCACCCCUGCAAAGAUUGGUCAUUAAUAAACUACAGGUUGAUACGUCAGAUGAUACAGGUGUCCAAAGGGUCUAUUUCUAGGAAAGGGGCUAUAUAAAUAUUUAGGGCCAAGUCUUCAGCUGAUGAAGUUAGUGGUUACUAUGCCAGUUCAUGCUAGCUAAAGAUUUAGGCCACAGCCUGAGUAAUCACAAACCAAAAUGUAUUUCACAACUUCGGGCCCACUCCCACAGUCCAUAUUUAGGUACGACACAACUCCCAUUGAUUCCAUAACGGCAGUGAGAGUUUGUCCUGAAUAAAACUACAGACUGAGGAGUCUUUAUGAAAAUAAAUAUUAGUUACCUAUGAUUCAUGGUUAUAAUUUCAGAAACCAGAAUUUUUUACUGUCGGUGCCUGUUUUUAAAUUGACCCUGUUAUUGUAUUCUGUCUUAAAAAGGUGAGAUUUUUUUAAAGAAUUGCCUUCUUACUAAAUAAUUUUUAAAUUACAACAAAAAAUUGUGACAACCUAUGCAACUUCUCCAAUGUCUGUUUUAUAUAUUGCAGCAUGGUGCUGUCCAUCAAUUUUUUAAUGACCUGAAAAAGUUGAGUUGUAAUGCAAAAAUACAACUUGAUCCUGUUACAAAUAAAAUCUUAUUUCUCAGUU